AUGAAAGGCCGGGGGCAACUUAUGUUGAAUCGCGUCAAUGCAGAAAAUCAGAUUCCUGAUCAGCUAGCAACUCACUCCUCUGGUAUACAGAUAGCUGAAAGUGAAGGAGGGCCUGAAAUACCUGCUGAGGAGUUAAGGUCAGUUUCAUCGCCGCAGUUUCUCGAUGAGCAAUCAACUACAAGUGGCGGACGACGACGAGCUCCUCAACGAAAAUACACAGAAUCACCCAUCCACAGCGGCGAAGGGAGCGAUUUUGACGACUCGCAUGCUGAUCCAAACUACGAAAAUGCUAUACCGAAACCAAAAAUAACUUUCUCCCCCUUCCGUAAGUCUCCUAAUGCACUCCCACUUUCACGACCUCGCUCUCUGUCAUCGUCGUCUACCAGUUCGAGUUCAUCAAGCAGCUCCAGCAGCAGCUCCAGCAGCAGUUCAAGUAUAAUGCUCUUUGAGCUUUCAAAGAGCAAUAAUAAUACUGUUAAUAAUAAUACCGAAGAACAUUUAGCGCAAGAAAUAGUACAGGGUAAGAAAAAACUGCGGAAACCGGAAACAUGGAAACCGAACGUAGUCAAGGCUCUUAAAAAUUCUGGUCAGGCAUAUAAGUCCCGAGGUAAACUAAAGAAAGACAUUCCCGCUCGCAAAAUGCGACCACCUUGCGGUGAAAAAUGUCGUUUUAAAUGUAGUACAACAUUCGACACGACUAGUCGUCAAAAGUUUUUUGAUGGAUUCUGGGGAUUAGGUAACCUUCAGCGACAAAGAGAGUACAUUGUGCGACAUUCUCAUGAAAUCAAGCCUAAAUAUCGAUACUCAAGCACAAAUAACUCAAGCACAGAUAAGCAACAAUAA